AUGGACAAAUUCAGGAUAGACCAAAGCUAUUCGUCUCAUUUAGACAUAAACUGGGGCGAUGUUUCUGUUGCGAUCGGUAAAUUAACUGACAGGGGCAGUUACAAAGGAAUAGGGCUCUUAAAUUUCAACGAACAUGAAAUCGACGAGUGGAAGCAGUUAUUGCCUGAUACUGAGCACGUCGUACUUGCCAUGGAUUACGCCUCGCCUAACAUCACUUGGGAAACACUGUACCCCGAAUGGCUGGACGAGGAAGAGGAAUUUGAAGUGCCAACCUGUCCUGAUCUGCCCAGAAUCAGCUUUGCAGGCAAACCACGAUUGGACCUUAUAGUGGUGAAGCUUCCAUGCAAUAAAUCGCGCAAGUGGUCGAGGGAUGUGGCUCGUCUGCAUCUGCAGCUGGAAGCUGCUAGGCUGGCAGCAACUGCCAAGGGGAACCACUCCGUGCAUGUUCUUCUCUUAACCGAAUGUUUCCCUAUCCCGAAUCUCUUCACUUGCAGAGAGCUGGUUGUGAGGGAAGGUAACGUGUGGCUCUAUAAGCCGAGUCUGAGUAAAUUGAGAGAGAAGGUCCGCCUACCGGUCGGGUCGUGUGAACUCUCACUUCCUCUAAAUACUGAAGAAAAGUCUUACUCAGGCGGCAACCCAAAGCGCGAAGCCUACGCGACAAUCCUCCACUCGGCCCAUGCGUAUGUGUGUGGGGCCAUCACAGCGGCACAGAGCAUUCGCAUGUCUGGGUCGUCGCGUGACCUCAUCGUCCUCGUCGAUGAUGCCAUCACCCCUCAUCACCGUGCCGGCCUGGAGUCCGCCGGCUGGAAGGUCCGUCCCAUCCUCCGCAUUCGCAACCCCAAAGCCGAGCCCGAAGCCUACAAUGAGUGGAACUACAGCAAGUUCCGCCUCUGGCAGCUCACCGAAUAUGACAAGAUCGUCUUCAUCGAUGCUGACCUCCUCAUCCUCCGCAACAUUGACUUCCUUUUUCAGAUGCCAGAGAUAUCCGCCACGGGAAACAACGCCACGCUCUUCAACUCGGGCGUCAUGGUAAUCGAGCCUUCGGAAUGCAUGUUCCAACUCCUGAUGGACCAUAUUAACGAGAUCGAAUCGUACAACGGUGGGGACCAGGGCUACCUUAACGAGGUCUUCACGUGGUGGCACCGAAUUCCGAAGCGUAUGAAUUUCCUGAAGCACUUCUGGGAAGGGGACGAGGAUUGGAGGAAGGAGAUGAAGACCCGCAUGUUCGGGGCCGACCCGCCCGUGCUCUAUGUGCUCCACUACCUGGGGCUCAAGCCCUGGCUUUGCUUUCGGGACUACGACUGUAACUGGAAUGUGGAGCUGCUGAGAGAAUUCGCGAGUGACGUGGCGCACGCGACGUGGUGGCGGGUCCACGACGCCAUGCCGGGGGAGCUGCAGAGGUAUUGUUUGCUGAGGUCGAAGCAGAAGGCGGCGCUGGAGUGGGACCGGAGGCAGGCUGAGAAGGGGAACUUUAGCGACGGGCACUGGCGGGUGAAGGUGAAGGACAAGCGGCUGAGGACGUGUUUCGAGGAUUUUUGCUUCUGGGAGAGCAUGCUGUGGCAUUGGGGGGAGUCGAACUGGACGGAUAAUGGGACGGCGGGUGGGGCCCAGCCGACGCCUCCCGGGAAAAAGACAGCUUCACUCUCUUCUUUGUAA